AUGGAUUCCGAUCCCAACGGGACUUUGGUCGACUUUGCGGGAGGAGUCCAGCUCUUCGAAGGGGAGGACAUCCGGACGGCCGUGCCGGCGUUGCUCGUCGGCAUGUGCGUUUCCGGCGCCGCGGGCAACCUCCUGGUGUUGCUGGUUUUGGCGCGCGACUUCCGAGCGGGUCAAGGCUCCGAGGCCAAGGCUCUGCUCGCUUCAGUGGCCGCUACGGAUGCGCUCCUCCUGGUUCUGUGCGCCCCCGUGCGCGCUCUCGCCGCCUACAAGCAAGCCUGGGUCCUCGGCCGCUUCGCGUGCGCCACCGCCGACUGGUUCCAGCACGCCUGCCUUGUGGCUAAGACGCUCCUCCUGGCGGUCAGCACCCGGGCCAAGCACACCCCGGAGGGCGGGGCCGCCGCACACUGUGGCUGGAUCCUCUGGGCCGUGGCAUUGGUGUGGCUGCUGUCCAUGAUGUUGCCCAUUCCGCAGAUGCUGUUCUCCGCGUUGCAGCCGCGCGGUGCGCGCGACGUAGUGUGCGUGUCACAGAUGCCGGCGUGCGCGUCGCGAUUCAUGGCCGUCUUCUACAAGAUCUACCCCGCGGCCACCUACGUUGCUCCAGUGCUCUUCACCGUGGCUUACUACACUAAGAGCCUCCACCGGGCGCUCAAUUACGCGCCAAACCCGCGCCGCCUGAGCAAGGUGACGCUGGUGCUGCUGUGUCUGAGCACCACGCUGGGGCUCAUGCUGCUGCCCGAGUGGGGCACUUUCACCUGGGUCCGACUGGGCUACCACAAGCCCCCCGCGGGAGUGCUCCUGUGCGCGCAGGUGCUGGUGUACGCCUGCGGCGCCCUCUCGCCGGUCCUGCUCGUCACCAUGUACGACGACGUGCGCCGCGGCUUGGUGGCACUCUGCAUGGCGGCCGCCUGCCGCGGCGCCAAGGCGCCCGGAGCCCCCAAGACAACGGAGGGCAACGGAGCCGAGCUGGGCGGCGCGGGUGCCAACGCGGUGCUCGCCAACGCUGAGAAGACCUUCCCGGAUGUGGAGCACUUUUGGACAGGGCGCAGGAACACGCAGGUGGAGGAGGAGCAGGACCCCAUCCCCUGGGAGAAAGAAGAGAAAAUGCUCUAGUCUCAUCGUCGUGCAUUCGAGAUUGCUACUCGUCACGGA